GAAAAUUUAAGGAUGAAUUUGAGUUUUAAGGCAAAGAUGGAGACUAUUUUGAGCUUUUUCUCGUGAAAAGUGGAUUAGAACAAAGAUUGCGAGAUCCAAGAAAACACAUUUGAAUUAGCUGCAACAAAUAUAAAUAUUAGCACCAAAUACAUGGGGCAGCGAAGAUCUGGAACGCCAUGGAAGCAACAGGAGGAGCUCGCCACAGCCUUAACGCCAAAAUCCCCUAUUCCCCUCUCACCGUCGAUCAUUCUCUCUCUAUUACUCAUCUAAAGCCUAAAAUCGUAGAACUGUGCAAGGACUUGUUCAACCAAUGGUCAAAUCUAGAUGAUUCUCAUUUCUCUGUAGAGACUGUGUCUGGUGGCAUCACAAAUCUAUUGCUAAAAGUAUCUGUAAGAGAAGAUGACGGAAAGCACGAAAAUAUGACAGUUAGGUUAUAUGGUCCAAAUACUGAAUAUGUCAUUAACCGUGAACGAGAAAUGCAGGCGAUUGAACACCUCUCAGCGGCUGGGUUUGGUGCCAAAUUGCUUGCAGUAUUUGGGAAUGGCAUGGUUCAGUCAUUUAUUGAUGCGCGCACUUUAACACCCUCAGACAUGAAAAACCCAAAGCUUGCUGCUGAAAUUGCAAAGCAACUCCGAAAGUUCCAUCAGGUGGAAAUUCCGGGCUCCAAAGAACCUCAAGUUUGGAAUGAUGUGCUCAAGUUCUUCAAAAAAGCGUCAACUCUCCAAUUUGAUGAUGGUGAGAAGAAGAUAAAGUAUGAGACAAUUUUGUUCCAGGAAGUUCAUAAUGAAAUCAUAGAGCUCAAGGAAUUGACUGACCGUCUUAAUGCCCCAGUGGUGUUUGCCCACAAUGACUUGCUCUCUGGAAAUCUGAUGCUUAAUGAGGAUAAAGAAAAGCUGUAUAUCAUUGAUUUUGAGUAUGGAUCCUACAAUUACAGGGGAUUUGACAUAGGGAAUCACUUCAAUGAAUAUGCUGGCUAUGAUUGUGAUUACAGCUUAUAUCCAAGUAAGGAUGAGCAGUUUCAUUUCUUCAGGCACUAUUUGGAUUCUGACCAACCAAAUGAGGUAUCUGACAAGGAUCUUGAAGCCUUAUAUGUCGAGACCAGUAGUUACAUGUUAGCUUCACACCUAUACUGGGCUCUCUGGGCUUUGAUCCAGGCGAAAAUGUCACCAAUCGACUUUGAUUACAUCAGUUAUUUCUUCCUGCGCUAUAAUGAGUACAAGAAGCAGAAGGAGAAACUCUCUUUAGCUAAGUCAUAUCUCUCAAAAGAGAAAUAGCUGCUGCUGUAGCCAAGUAGGACUGUGCAACAUAAUUUUUUUCUUUUUUUGUUAUUCUGCCAGAAGGCAUAUAAAAUUCACAAUUUGAAGUUUGAACAAACGAAAUACACUUCAUCCUCUGCAACUUCGAUGUAACAAAAAACUAGGGGAACUUUUCUCUGUAUUAAUCUUUGGUAAUUCAGCAUGAAUAAAUGUACACACUUCCUGCAUGAA